CUCUCCUCCUCCUGUUUCUUUCAUGAACUGUCUGCCCACGCAGCGCCUUGUCGACGAGGAGAAAGUAUGUUCUUGCCAACUCUGAUCAGCCAGCGGUCAGCGUUUACAAGGCAGACAGCCCUCCACUUGCAGUGAGUCGGAAUAUAAAUAGUUGCUCACGGUCGAAAUCCGAUAACGCGAUAGUUUUCGGCCAUAACGUCAAUUUGUCACUUCGACCCUACCUGCUAUCCUCUUCAAGUCCAGCUGCUCAACCGCCAGCUCUCGUACAACGUAAUUUCGAAGGACUACAAUGUCAGCUCUAGUCAUCGCCGUCGUUUCUCCCGGCGCAAUGGGCUCAGCGAUCGGGGCGCGGCUUAGCUCGCACGGUGUCCAGGUGCUGACGCACAUCCCUGCUGGCCGCUCACAAGCAUCGCACGACCGCGCGACCAAAGCAGGCAUGCACGCUGUAUCCCUGGCAGAGAUCUCCAAGGAGGCCGACUGGGUCUUGUCUGUCCUCCCGCCGGACGCCGCGACCGACUUUGCUACACUGCUGUGUGCGGCGUACAACGGUUUACCGGCCGGGGAGAAACGUGUAGGCAAGCCGGCGUUCGCAGACCUCAACGCUGUCAACCCCAGCUCGGUCGUUCGCAUCAGCCAGCUAUUCGACAAGCAAGGGGUCAACCUCCCAUUCGUGGAUGGGAGCAUCAUUGGCGGCCCACCGAAGGGCGAGUACGACCCAAUAAUCUACGCUAGCGCGGAUACGAGCGAGGAGGGCAAGAAGGCGCUGGACGAAUUUGAGGCGCUGCAGAAGUUUGGGCUUAAGAUUGGCGCGCUGAGGGGAGAGGGUGCGGGGGUGGGGGCAGCUAGCGCUUUGAAGAUGGCAUAUGCGGGAAUCACAAAAGGCACCACUGGACUGGCAGCAACCAUGAUCCUCGCCGCAUACCACAACUCCCCCGGAACGGCCGAAGCGCUCAUCGCCGAGCUGUCUGAGUCACAGCCCCUCAUGCUCCAGCGCUUCACCAAAGGUAUCCCCGACAUGCUCCCCAAAGCCUACCGCUUCCACGGGGAGAUGCAAGAGAUCUCCGGGUUCGUCGUGGAGGAAGGCGGUGGAGGGAGUGGGGAUAUCCACAAGGGUCUGGCGGCGACGUUUAGGAGGCUGGAGCAGAGCAUUAAGGAGGAUGGGACGGAGGUGAAGCAGUUGAAGGACUUUAUCCAGAGAGGGGAGGAGGUGCUAGAAGCGAAGAAGAAAGAGGGAAGUAAUGGGAAUGCCAGGAGUUGGUGAUAUGUGACAGGGUAUGUGUUGUAACUUGGAUUGAAUGGAAUUAGAAUUGUGCAUUAUCUAUGGCAGAAUAGUAGCGACUACCGUCCUCUGCCUGCUGCUACUCCUAAACUCGGUCAAGUAUAUCCCCUGCCAUGUCCCCAAGUUCAGCCGGCCGUUCGUGAUCGGUAUGCUGAGUGCAUUGCCAAUCAAGGAGGUCUUGGUGUGGGAGACGCUGUCGUCCAUUCCUUCGUCUGUGUGUCGCCAGGCGAGAGACUCGGGAACGAUAUUAUCCAGCGCCAUAUCCAUAUCUUUUCGUACGUCAGGAUCAUAGUUCUCGUUAAUGGUCAACGCGCAGCUUGUGUGCUGGAUAAACAAAUGGCAUAUUCCUAUUGGGGUGUCCUUGAGCCCUUCGGAGAGGUGUCGCUCGACCUCCUGAGUGAUGAGGUGAUAUCCCUUACCUCUCCUUCCCAAAGUGAAAAU